AUGCCUUCGUGGUCCUCCCGCAUCCUUCACGGCACUCCCCAGCCAGCCUCUUCUCUGGAGCGCAAUCCUACAGCAACGACCUACUACAGCCCGAACGCCGCCUUUCCUACACUACAUUCGCCGAGCCGUAAUCCACCGCAGCCGCAGCCUAAGCCGGCCAAGGCUAGACAGCAUGCCCGAUCUAUAAGCCACCCGUUUCCCGGUUUGUUCAGCAAGAAGAAAAGCAGCGGCAACCUGAGCAGAGCUUUCGAUCAGGACGCGACGGGAGACGAUGGACACACCGCGGAUCCCGACGGAUCAGCAUUUGACACGAUGCCUCGCGGGAACGCACCCAACAAGGCCGAAGAUGCAGAUCUCGAAACUGGGAAAUGCAUGACCUGCGACUCCAAGGUUAGAUGGCCGAAGAAUCUCAACGUGUUUCGGUGCGCAGCCUGCCUUAUGAUCAACGACCUUGAGCCCGCCAGUCUCUGCAAUGCUGCCUCGAUAGGACAAGACCAGCAAAGCGCAACCCAGCCGGCAAGCAGGUCAGGGGCACACACGCGCCCUGUUCUAACCCGCAGAGGUCAGCUUGAACCGACGGUUAUCACGACUUCUACUGACCGUCAAGCAGCCCUACCUCUGUCUGUGGAGACCGCCAGAAGAAUCAUCGAUAAAUGCUUGACCGACUACUUGCAAGCCCGAAUUGCACGGCCCGAGCUGAGCCACUCUCCUUCACGACGGCCAUCUGCCGAUCCGAAUACCCUAGAGAACCAGCUUUCAACGAGCGCUAGGCCGCUUCCCGGACCACAGAGGCUGCAACAUAAGCCGAACUUUGCGCCUGACACCCCACCCAUAUCACUAUCACCACCCGCGCUUGAAGACGACCGCAAUGUAUUCGAUGCUGCGCUAGCCCCUUCGCCAAAGGCCUUACCCUCUCCUACUCGAAGGCGACCAGCAGGGAUUCCAUUACCAAGCCCUGCUCCCGCUGAACACAUUGAUGCUCGAACGAAUACUCCUGCUAGACCAACCCGCAAACCCCCGCCACCGCCAAUUCAGAGACCAGGAACUGCCACCGAAUCUACCUGCUCUGCGGGCCCAUCGUGGGACAACCAUGGCGCGAGACCAAUACCAAGCCCCGGUCUACCGCUGGAGCCAAGUCCACGGCUAACGGCCGAACAGAUCGAGCAGCGGCGCCGCCACGACAGUAUCAAAAUUGUCUUCAAGCCCUUGGAAGAUCACAUUAUCAGCAGCUUUGGCAGCUUCGAUUGCCUCAACUCGUCUUUUUCAACGGCACGACCAAGCAACGGCGGCCGCACACGUAGCGAAGGGUCAGCAACCAUAGCUGCUCCGGCUGUCGAGCUUUCGCAGUCUGAACGCCCUGGCAUCCCGUUCUCCGAGCUGGACGCGAAGACGCUUCUGCUUGGUGAUUUCGCUGAGAACGGAUCUUGGUGGAGCGGGUUGGAGCGCAACCGAUCUGAUAAAACGUUCCAUCGACGUGGGUUGACUGUUAAUAAUCCACGACGCACCGUAACUUCCCGAUCGCCCUGUAUUGCUUGGUCAGACCUUGCGCUUUGGUACGACACUAUCCUGAGAGCCGGUCAUUCGUGGUUCGACAAGCUCUCCAUCGUUAAGGCGUCCUUAUCGGAUACCGAGAUUGAACGUCUGAACGAAGCAGAGUUGCAUAGCAUAAGUGAAGAAAUUACAGAAGCCAGAAUACAUGCCCAGAGAACGCUGCUGAAGGUUACGGAGAACCUCCUCAAGCGUCCGGGGCGACCGUUGCAAGAACCAGAACACAUCCGAUUUCUAUUAAUCAUACUGUCGAACCCCUUGUUGUACCCAUCGAACGCCACGCGCUUUGCUCUAGGGCCAGAAGGUCAAGAGAACUACCAUCGCGCAGCCCUGGACCAGUCGAAGAGUUCUGGUAGUCCGGGUCGAUCUCCAUCGCAAAGACAGCCAAAUUCAGCCAAGCGGGAUGUCGGACAGCACUCCGGCAUCGUCAAAAGAAUCUUGGGGCUUAUGGCGAACCUCCCCAACGAAUGCCACCGCCACCUUAUUACCUGGUUCUCGAGGUUGGAGGAGAAUCACUUUCGUCGGCUGGUCGAUCUAGUCGGCAGCUUUGUCACCUAUCGCCUGACUCGCCAGCAGGGCCGUAAUAGGAGUCACAGCCAGACCCUUGGCGGCACUCUGGUGCCAGAUCUUACAAGCAUGGGGCCAAGCGGCACCUCGGCGCAGCUACACGCUGCAUUAGGGUUUCCAUCAGCACUGAAAAAGGCCGAUGAUGGGAAACCAGAACCGAUGGUGUACAGCGACGACUGGCAGCUCAAGGUCGCAUCUAAGGUCAUGGCUCUCCUCUUCGCCGCCAACAACAUCUAUUUCAACAAGAGGUCUGACCCUGUGAAACUUCCGCCGUCCGUCGCCGGCCAGCCAAGCGCUGGCCUUGCUGCGUGCCAACGAGCCAGAAGCCACGGUCAGUUGCUGCCGACCUCUGGCUUCUACAAUACGCUAUUGGACUAUUCGGACCUGAUUGGUGACUUUGAGGCCUGGGAAUCUCGCCGCGGUCGCUUCUCCUUCUGUCAGUAUCCCUUCUUCCUAUCGAUCGGCGCCAAGAUCCGUAUUAUGGAACACGACGCCCGGCGUCAAAUGGAGAACAAAGCAAGGGAAGCCUUCUUCGACAGCAUCAUGAGCAGUCGGCAGGUGGAGCAGCAUUUCCACCUGCGCGUCCGCCGAGAAUGCAUGGUAGACGACAGUCUUCGCCGCAUCAGUGAAGUGGUCGGUGGCGGUCAAGAGGAGAUCAAGAAGGGACUUCGAGUGCAGUUUGUCGGUGAAGAAGGCGUCGAUGCUGGUGGACUGAGGAAGGAGUGGUUCUUGCUCCUAGUUCGGGAUAUCUUCGAUCCCAAUCACGGCAUGUUCGUAUAUGACGAGGACUCGCACUUCUGCUACUUCAAUCCGAAUUCAUUCGAGACAUCCGAUCAGUACUUCCUUGUCGGUGCCCUUCUCGGUCUCGCUAUCUACAACUCCACCAUCCUCGACGUAGCUCUUCCCCCUUUCGCGUUCAAGAAGCUGCUCGCAUCAGCGCCCAAUUCUACUACCGCAGUGCCCUCUGUCCGCCAACCGUUGCACUACACGCUUGAAGAUCUCGCCGAGUUCCGGCCCGCCCUCGCCCGCGGCCUGCGCGCCCUCCUCGACCAUGACGGCGACGUCGAGAUGGACUUCUGCCGAGACUUUGUCGCAGACGUCGAGCGGUACGGCGCAGUAACACAGGUACCUCUGUGCCCGAAUGGAGCGAAGAGGCCGGUCACGAACGAGAACAGACAAGAGUUUGUCGACCUCUACGUUCGCUACCUUCUCGACACAUCGGUGUCUCGCCAGUUCGAACCCUUCAAGCGCGGCUUCUUUACCGUCUGCGGCGGCAACGCUCUCUCCCUCUUUCGACCAGAGGAGAUCGAAUUACUGGUCCGCGGCUCAGACGAACCUCUCGAUGUCGCCUCAAUCAAAGCAGUCGCUGUUUACGAGAACUGGCGCGACGCCUCUAACCAUAAGAUCCCGCAUCCCGAGGAGACCGAGCCGGUGAUCCGAUGGUUCUGGGAAUUCUUUGGCGCGGCGGACGCAAAGGACCAGCGCAAGAUUCUGAGCUUCAUCACCGGCUCGGACAGGAUUCCGGCAGUGGGCGCGACGAACCUGGUCAUCAAGAUCACUUGUCUUGGGGAGGACUGCGAAAGGUUUCCCGUUGCGAGGACUUGCUUUGAUAUGGUGCAGCUCUACCGGUACAAGAGCAGGCGGAAGCUGGUGGAGAAGCUUUGGAGGGCUGUGUGCGAGAGUGAGGGGUUUGGGCUGAAAUAG